AUGAUGAAUACAGAUAAUCUUGGCGUUAGUGGACCAGGUGUUGGUGUCACCAAUGAUCCAUAUGGUCAUCAUCACCUUACUCAUCCUCAUCUUCUUCCACCUCAUCAUUCACAACAUCCAUCGACAAUCUAUUGUUCUUCAUCAAAUCCUUAUACGGACUUAUUUUCUCCAUUUUCAACUGAUUUUGUAACAUCUCACGACACUGGUACGAAUACCGUUGUACCAACUGAUUAUCUUACAUUACCAAAUUCUCUCGAUUAUGUUGUUUCACAUAAUCAUCAUCAUCAACAUCAACAUCAACAACAACAACAACAUCUUCAUCAAAUGACUAGUUCAUCAAAUGGAGAACGAACAUCAUCAUCUGUUGGUACUGGUAUUAAUAGUUCUAAUGUAUCUCCAUCUCAUUCAUUUGCUACAAGUAGUGGUUAUUCAUCAUCAGCUGACUAUUAUAAUGCAUCGAUACUUAACUCUAAAAUAGGUCUUAAUAAUACAAAUACAACUACUAAUAAUAAUAACAAUACAUCAACAACAAAUACAAGUAGUCAUAGUCCAUAUGAUGGCACAUCAACAGCAACUACAUCAUCACCACCACAAUCAACAGGAUAUUUAACUACAGCAGUUAAACAAGAAACCAUGAUGCCAACACCAUUUGCCAUCGAUCCACAUAGUAAUUAUGGAAAUAUUAAUGGAACAACAUCGGCAACUAGUACUAGUAGUACAAAUAAUAAUAAUAAUAAUAAUCCUAAUUUCGGUCUGGGUGUCGAUGAGUAUGGCUCGCCAUUAUAUCAUCCAUCGGCAGCUAGUGCUUAUUCAUCAUAUUCACCAACGGGUCUUUUACAAGCAUCUUAUCCAGUUGUACCUUAUGGUGUAUCCCAUGCCGAUCAGAUGCGAUUAUAUAAUUCACAAUUAAAAAAUGAUUUUGGUAUCGAUAUGCGUUUUAAAUUAGUUGGUAAUCAACGAGUUUCACCAAACGCUGAUGUAUCUCCAUCACAAUUAUGUGCUGUUUGUCAAGAUUCAGCUCAAUGUCAGCAUUAUGGUGUUCGAACUUGUGAAGGAUGCAAAGGAUUCUUCAAACGAACAGUACAAAAGAAUGCUAAAUAUGUAUGUUUGGCAGAUAAAAAUUGUCCAGUUGAUAAGCGACGUCGAAAUCGAUGUCAAUAUUGUCGAUUUCAAACAUGUCUUGCUGUUGGCAUGGAUAAAGAAGUUGUUCGGACAGAUGCAUUAAAAGGUCGCCGUGGUCGUCUACCGUCAAAACCUAAAAGUCCGAGUACACGACAACCAAAUAGUUUUCAAACUCAAUUUUGUCGUUUCUAUAAUGAUUCCAUACCAAAUCCGGCCAGUCUUGAUUUCAGCAAAUUGAAUUAUCGAACAGUGACAAAUAAAGAAAGUUUAUGUGAAGAAAAAUUACUUGUCUAUGAUGCAUUCAUACGUUCAUGCGAUAUAAUUAAGCAAUGGGUUGACAAAUUUUCAUUAUUUUAUUCUAUACAAAAUAAUGAACGUGAUCGUCUUUAUUCAAAUUGUUUAUUAGAACAAAUUGUAUUUCGUACAGCAUCACGUCUUGAUGGUGAUCGUGUUAUAUUAUGCUCAGGUAUUGUUGUACAUAAAGUACAAAUGAAUUAUUUACUUGGUGAUGUUGCACAACAAAUUUAUGAUUAUGCAUCAACAUUAAAACUUCAAAAAAUUGAUUCAAUUAUUGCAGCAACACUUGCAUCAAUUUUAUUACUUGAUUCAAACAAUCCUGAUUACGUUUAUCAUCGAACACCAUUAUCAUCAACAGUUACUGAACUUUAUCAAAAAAUAGUUGAUUCCUUAAAAGAUUAUUUAAAACAACAACAUGAAGAUAGUUCUGUUUAUUUACAAUUAUUAGAACGACUUAAUGAUGUUAGACAUAUUGCACAUAAUUUAAGAAAACGUUUAUCACUUUAUCGACAUACAACCGGACUAACAAAUUCAAUGAAUACAUUACUUGAUUUAGUACUUGAAUGUAAACCAAUAUCCACCGAUUUACAAACAAAUGAAGAUAAUACAACGUUACCAUUUAUUCAAUAUGAUCUAUGA